AUAUCAUCAUCAGCCUCAACCCACCCCAGCCUCACACCGGCAAUGACCUCCUCCCUCCUCUUCCCGCGGCGCCUCGCCGCGCUCACACUAUCAAAGCCCCUAUUCCCAACACCACAAGCAGCAGCAGCAGUAGCAGCUACCCGCACCCUCCCAUCAUACCUUCACCACAACCAAAUACAACAGCAGCAGACCCGCCCCCUAUCCCAAACCCCCCAUACCCUCUCCUCCCCCUUCCGCCUCAGCACCAACAACAACCCGAACACAUACGACCCCGAAGAAGGCGAAUACUACAGUCCCUACAAACCGAAACGGCAGUGGCCACCGGACAUGUCGAAGCUCUCCCCGAAGCAUCAGUUCCGGCUAGAACGGAAGUAUCGUCGUCGGGCGGCGCUGAAAUACGCUCGGCCGAAGUGGGUUAAGGCGACGAAGAUUACGCAGUGGGUUGUUAUUGGGUUUGUUCUGGUGUAUGCGUUGCUGUUUAUGGAGUGGGAUGAGCGUGGGAGUCCGUUUGAUGAGAUUCGACGGACCUUCUUUGCGGGUCUCAAGGGUGCUUUUUCGACGCCGCCGCCUCCUCGUCCUGUGAAGAGGUCGGAGGAUGAGUCGGGUGCGCAAUAAUCAGGUCAAGCCAGGUGCUGGAGGUUUACAGCGGUAUUUCAUUAGACUAGACCACUCCAUUCAAUCUACACUGUAUAGUAU